AUGGAUUGCUUGGCUACGUUCAUUGAAGUGGCUGAGAAAAAAGGUUGGACGUAUUUUCUAGCUUUCGGCAGUUUGCUUGGCUCAUGGCGUCACCAUGGCAUGAUCUUAUGGGACGGUGACGUUGAUGUAUAUGUCAACAUUAGCCACAGGGACGAUAUAAUCAAGACAUUCAAUAACACGGACUACACGCCACAGCAGAUGUUUUCUCCUCGUAAAAUUGUGAAGCUUUAUUCCACAUUGUCUACCUUAAACACAUCGUACAUCAAAGAAGGACUAGGUUGGUGGAUGUGGCCGUAUUUAGACAUCUUCUUUUUCACGGAAGACGCCACUCAUAUUCAUAACGUCGAAAGCUCUGCUCGGAUAGAAAAGUCCGACGUCUUCCCUCUUCAUGAGAGGCCAUUCGGGAGCCUCUGGGUACCAUGUCCCAAAAACACAUUCAAAGUUCUCAAAGAAGCGUAUGGAAAGGAGGAGUCUGAACUUUGUAAAGGUUACACGACAGAGGUUAACUGUCAGCUUCUGAAAGAUCUUGUGCCCUUCGUUCACAGGCAAGUAGUCAAUGGUGCUUUGUAUGAGACGCUGAAGUUAGGUAACAGAACUUUGGCAUGGCAAUAUAUAAAAAAUGAGACAGUUGUGGUAACCAGCCCUUAUGAUUUCGGAAAAGUUGAGAGCCCUUAG